CUUGUUGAAAUGGGUUCCUCUAGAACCCGCAACCUGCAGGUGUUUGACACGGAGCUGAGCGCGGACACUGUGGAGUGGUGUCCUCUGCCUCAGUACUCCCACAUUUUAGCUUGUGGCACUUACCAGCUUCAGAAAGACGAUGAGAAGAAUCCCAGCAGAAUUGGUCGACUCUACCUGUUCCAGUUUGACCAGCAGCAUUCUUUAACCCCUCCACUGACUGAGAUCCAGCGCAUCGACACACCAGCUAUACUGGAUCUGAAAUGGUGUCAUACAGAGAUGUACGAGCGCCCCCUGCUGGGAAUGGCCACAGCAUGUGGAGAAAUCCAACUGCACAGACUCUGCGACACACCAGAUAGCAGGUGUGCUUUGGAGCGUGUCUUAAGCACGGAGCUGGGUCCGAACAGAUUAGCACUGUCACUGGACUGGUCAACAGGGAGAGGAGACAGAACCGACCCCCGGGUGGUGACCAGCGACUCGACCGGCUCUCUUACGGUGCUAUCUCUGGCCGAGGAGAACCUGAGUGCUGUGUCUCAGUGGAAAGCUCAUGACUUCGAGGCUUGGAUUUCGGCUUUCAGUUACUGGGACACGCAGCUGAUUUAUUCCGGUGGUGAUGACUGCAAACUUAAGGGCUGGGACCUCAGGAUGGGUCCGUCUUCCCCCACGUUCACCUGUAAAAGGCAUUCGAUGGGCGUGUGUAGCAUACACAGCAACCCUCAUCGAGAGCACAUCUUGGCUACAGGCAGUUACGAUGAAAACGUGCUAUUAUGGGAUGGCAGGAACAUGCGACAGCCUCUCAGUGAGACGGCAGUGGGUGGAGGAGUGUGGAGACUGAAGUGGCACCCUGUUCAUGAACAUUUGCUGUUAGCUGCGUGCAUGCACAACGACUUUCACAUUCUGCACUGCCAGCAAGCUGCCGAUGGAAAUGAAGGCCCGUGUCCAAUCCUGGCUUCUUACAUCCUUCACAACUCGUUAGCGUACGGAGCUGACUGGUCUCGGCUUCCCCUGAGCGGCCCUCCACCCUCCACUCCUCCUACAGAAACACCAGCUACCAUCACCCUCGCAGAGCCCAGAGGCCACCUCAGGAUCCAGUACGAAUCCCCGACUGCCAGCUUCGACACCUCACUGGAGGACGAGUGUGGACGCUACAUCCCUGAUCAUACCGCCACUGUCUCGGCUCCGGUUCCCGUCCCCAGCGUCGGAGACGACUCCGCCUCGUUAUCCUGCCUACUGGCGUCCUGCUCCUUCUACGACCACAUGCUGCACGUGUGGAGAUGGGACUGGAGUCCAGAGACUGAGGCACAAUCAGGAAAGACCGGGCCUACUCCCUCUUCUUGAGUGGUCAUUUUUUGAAUGCACACAGAACUAUGGGUUCUUUUGAGAAUAGACAGGGUAUUCUGGGAACUAAACAGAUACUAUAGCUAAUAAAUAUCCAGAAACAGAACUUUUUAUGUUGUCCUAUUCAAAUGGGGCUGUAGAUCUUCCAGUCAUUUCCUUCACGUGGAAUAUUUACAUACUUUUAUAUAUUUUAGCUAUGCACAGAACACACAUUUAUAAUGAAUACAGAUAUCAAUGUCAAUAAAUUACACUUGUAUA